AUGUCCGUUAACACCAUCACACAGUCGUUGGCCUCUUUGGGUCUCAAACAAGCGGAGUCCCCCGUGGACGCCUCCCACCCAGAUUACAACGUCAUUGACGUUAUGAGAAACUACAUCACCGAAGAGGUUCACUCCAUCACUGGCAUCGCUAAGGACGUCAUUUUCCCUGCCUUGGACCAGCCCAAUGUUAUGGAAAAGGGUGACUUGCUCGUGCCUUUGCCCAGAUUGAGGCUUCCAAAGGGCACUGAUUUCAAGGCCAAGGCUGCAGAGAUCGCUGAGAAGUUCAACAAGGGCGGCUUCAUCUCUGAAGUCAAGGCUGAGGGCCAGUUCUUGCAGUUUUUCUUUGAGCCCAAGACCCUUUUCAACAUCGUCGUCAAGGACUCCUUGGUCAGACAGGGCGACUACGGUUACUUGCCUCUCGGCGUGGGUAAGAAGGUUGUGAUUGAGUUUUCCUCUCCUAACAUCGCCAAACCUUUCCACGCUGGUCACUUGAGAUCCACCAUUAUCGGUGGUUUCUUGUCCAACUUGUACGAGAAGGCCGGCUGGGACGUCAAGAGAAUCAACUACCUCGGUGACUGGGGUAAGCAGUUUGGUCUUUUGGCUGUCGGUUUCGAGAAGUACGGUGACGAGGAGAAGUUGGCCUCUGACCCAAUCAACCACUUGUUCGAGGUCUACGUCAAGGUCAACAAGGAUAUCACCGACGAGGGUGAAGUCGAGGGUGGUACCAACGACAAGGCCAGAGCCUACUUCAGAAGAAUGGAGGACGGUGACGAGAGCGCCUUGAAGAUCUGGAGGAGAUUCAGAGAGUUGUCUAUCGAGAAGUACAUUGACACCUACGCCCGUCUUAACAUCGAGUACGACUCCUACUCCGGUGAGUCCCAGGUUUCUCAGGAAUCCAUGAAGAACGUCACCAAGAUCUUCACUGAGAGGGGCUUGAUCCACGAGGACAGAGGCGCCAAGCUCAUUGACUUGACCAAGUUCAACAAGAAGUUGGGUAAGUGUCUUGUGGAGAAGAGCGACGGUACUUCUCUCUACUUGACCAGAGACGUUGGUGAGGCCAUCAGACGUAAGGAGAAGUACGACUUCGACAAGAUGAUCUACGUUAUUGCCUCCCAGCAAGACUUGCACACUGCUCAGUUCUUCGAGAUCUUGAAGCAGAUGGGCUUCGACUGGGCCAAGAACUUGGAGCACGUCAACUUCGGUAUGGUCCAGGGUAUGUCCACCAGAAAGGGUACUGUUGUGUUCUUGGACAACAUCUUGGAGGAGACCAAGGACAAGAUGCACGAUGUCAUGAAGAGAAACGAGAGCAAGUACGAGCAGAUCGAGGAGCCUGAGAAGGUCGCCGACUUGGUUGGUAUCUCUGCUGUGAUGAUCCAGGACAUGCUGGCUAAGAGAAUCAACAACUACGAGUUCAAGUGGGAGAGAAUGCUCUCGUUUGAGGGUGACACUGGUCCAUACUUACAGUACGCCCACUCCCGUUUGAGCUCGAUGCAAAGAAAAGCCAACAUUCCAAAGGAGAAGUUGCAGAACGCCAACUUCGACUUGUUGACCGAGCCAUGCGCUGCCUCCCUUGUCAGAGUGUUGGCUGGUUACCCAGACGCUCUCAAGAAGGCCUUGAAGACCAACGAGCCUUCUGCCAUCGUCACCUACUUGUUCAACCUCACGCAUAUCGUCUCUCUGUGUUAUGAUAUCUUGUGGGUUGCUGGCCAGGAGGAGGAAUUGGCUACCGCCAGAUUGGCUUUGUACGCCUCUGCCAAGCAGGUCUUGAACAACGGUAUGAAGUUGUUGGGCUUGACGCCGGUGGAGAGAAUGUAA